UUGAAAAUCCAAAACGAUGCUUCCUGUUUCCAGCUAAGAACGCUCGUAUGAAACCUCGCAAAGAACAGUACCCUCGUCAAAAAUUUCAUACCUUUAUAAACAAACCUUUCUCAGUCCCUUAUAUUCCACUCAAAAACAGCAACUUUGAAUGGCUUCUUUAUCUGAUGAUUGUUCAACUCUUGAAAUUAUACAACAACAUCUUCUUGAUGAUUUUGCCUUCAUGGAAAAUUAUUGCCCAGUUUCCAGCUUUUCAGAGUCCCAGAUAUCUCGAACUUCAAGCAGUUCAAGUUCUGUAAUCUCUGAUCUCACAACUGAAUCUUCCAUCUUUAAACCAAAUUUCAGCCUUGAAAACUCAACAAAUGAUUAUGAUUUCUCAGAAUUCGAAACAAAGCCUGUAAAACACACAAACUUUAGUGAAAGGAAGCCUUCGUUGAAUAUUCAUAUUCCUCAUGUGAAGAAAUUGGAGCGGGACAGUACAGUUAAGGUGGUGGAGAAGAAAGUUGAAGAUUCUGGCGAGAGGAAGCGGUAUAGAGGAGUCAGACAGCGGCCAUGGGGGAAGUUCGCGGCGGAGAUACGCGAUCCUAACCGGAAAGGGACUCGGGUUUGGCUAGGGACUUUCGAGACGGCCGUGGAGGCGGCGAAGGCUUACGACAGGGCGGCGUUUAAGCUGAGAGGGAGCAAAGCAAUAGUGAAUUUCCCACUUGAAAUUACCAACUCCAACCCUCCUCUGCCGGAAAAUACUGAACGGAAAAGGGUGAUAGAAGAGGAAAGUCUAGAGAGAAAAACAAAGGUGGUAAAGAGAGAAGAAGUUGAGAAUGAUAAAAUUGGAGCCUCCCCGGCUGUGCCACUAACGCCAUCAAGUUGGACGGCGGUUUGGGAUUCUGGCGAUAUGAAGGGUAUAUUUGAUGUGCCGCCGUUAUCUCCAUGAUCUCCACAUCCAAGUUUGGGUUAUUCAAAAUCAAGGCUCACGGUUAAUUAAUUUUGGGGCUUAAAAUUGUGUUUAAUUACUUUAUUAGAUUAAAAGAUGCACCUGCUUAAAAGUUGGGGUGAGUUAGUGAUUUAGAGAAGUACAAGGGUGAGAUUUGUAAUUUCAUGUGUUUUUUAAUUCAAUGUGCAUACUGGGUUAUUAGUUUGAGAUUUCGUUUAUUCAUUUGUACGAGAGAUACAAUGGCAAUCGUGUUACUUUUAUUAAA